GUAUAUAUAACACCGAACAGGGUUCGGACGUGGAUGGUUCAAGAAGCAGGCGACAACCUAGGCUAAGUGUCUCUCUGCAAUGCAAACCCAAUAACCCUUUCCUUCCUGACACUUCAUUAUUUUAUUCCAUUUAUUUAUACUUUUCAUGAAGGUUUAAGGUAAUUUUCACAGAGAGAAAGAGAGAGUAGAGAUGGAAGGAGAAGGAGGAAGCGCAACCAGAAAGAGAGGGAAAGAUGGUGAGACUGAGACGACGACACGUUACAAAGGAAUCAGAAUGAGAAAGUGGGGCAAGUGGGUCGCUGAGAUUCGAGAACCCAACAAGCGUUCCAGGAUUUGGCUCGGUUCUUACUCCACGCCCGUCGCGGCGGCGCGUGCUUAUGACACCGCCGUUUUCUAUCUCCGGGGGCCCUCCGCGCGCCUCAACUUCCCGGAGCUUCUCGCCGCGGAGGGCCCCGCCGCCUCCGACGCCGUCAUGUCCGCGGCCUCCAUCCGGAAGAAGGCCACCGAGGUUGGCGCCCGAGUCGACGCACUUCACCGCCAGGACCCCCACGCGCCGCCUGCCGGAGAAUUCGCCGACCGAGUCGACCUUAAUAAGAUACCCGAACCCGAGAAUUCCGAUUGUGACUACUGGGGCGGGGAUUAGAAGUGUUGUUGGGUUGGGGCGGUUGCUAACGUGCGCCGUGUGUGGAGGUUACAAAGUGGAGCAUGGUGAUGAUGAUCGUGACAUGAGGCCCGUUUCUGUUGUGUAACUUUUUUUUGGUUUACUCUUUUAAUUUGGAUUUCACAGAGGAAUUUUGGUGCUGUCUAAUUUUUAAAUGUAAAUUACUUGAUCAUCGCCCA